GCAGUAGAAUGGUAGCUAGUCUUCAUGAAAUUCAUACCGCUUUUAUGUGUCCGAGUCCGAGUGAGGUACGGAAUGUUAAAAUGAAGUUAUUCGUUAGUUAGCCAAAAAAGACUUGGAAUCUCGAAAGGAAGCCACUGCUUGUCCAAACUGAGACUUUGGAAGUAUUUUUGUUUACACUGUUGAUCUUUUCUUCACAGACGCGUUAGGUAGGAUCUCUCACUCAUAUAUAUAUAAGUAAUUAAUGUUGCCUCAGCAGCCAUGCAAUACCUCUGCUUAACUCUCCCCGCCUUCCUAUAUACUGUUUUUUGCUGCUCUAUUAGAUUGGAUUCUGAUUUCUAUAUAUGGCUUCUUCUGCUGCUAUUCAUUCAUGGAAAUAUGACGUAUUCCUGAGUUUCAGAGGGGAAGAUACCCGAAAGAACUUUACCAGCCACCUUUAUGCCGCGCUGUGUCAAAAAGGGGUUAUCACUUUCAGAGAUGAUGAAGAACUCGAGAGAGGGAAAACCAUUUCUCAAGCGCUGCUCCAAGCAAUCCAUGGUUCGAAAAUUGCAGUGAUCGUUUUCUCAAGAGACUAUGCUUCUUCGUCUUGGUGCUUGGAUGAACUUGCAGAGAUCCAUAAAUGCAGGAAAGAGAAAGGGCAGAUUGUAAUGCCCGUCUUCUGUAAUGUGAAUCCUUAUGAGGUGAGGAAACAGGCUGCAGGAUUUGGAAAAGCAUUUGCUAAGCAUGAACUGCGUUUCAAGAAUGAUGUUCAGAAAGUUCAACGAUGGAGAGCUGCCAUUUCUGAAUUGGCCAAUCUUGCUGGCUGGGAUUCACUAGAUAGGCAUGAGUCAGAGCUUAUUCAGGAAAUUGUUAAAGAGGUUCUAAGCAAAUUGAGAAAAACCAGUUUGGAAUCAAGUGCAGCUAAGAAUUUUGUAGGAAUGAAUUCGCGGUUGGUUGAAAUGAGUAUGUGUUUAGAUAUGGGGCAAUUGGAUGACGUUCAAUUUAUUGGGAUUUGUGGGAUGGGCGGCAUAGGUAAGACGACUAUUGCUAGAUUCGUCCAUGAGGAACUAUCUUCUCAAUUUGAAGGUAGCAGCUUCUUAGCAAAUGUUAGAGAAGUUGAGGAGAAGAGAGGUUUAGUUCAUUUGCAAAAGCAACUUCUUUCUGAAAUUCUACUGGAUAGGAACAUAACUAUUUGCAAUGCGUUUGGUGGUAUGACUGAGAUCAGCAAUAGGCUUGCUCACAAAAGAGUUCUUAUCAUUCUUGAUGACGUGAAUCAAUUAGACCAAUUAAAAAUGUUAGCUGGUAUGCAUGAUUGGUUUGGGAAGGGAAGCAGGAUAAUUGUCACAAGUAGAGAUGAACAUUUAUUGAAAUGCCAUGGAGUAGAUAAAAUUUACAGAGUUGAAGGAUUAGGUCGUGAUGAAGCCCUUCAUCUCUUUUGUCUGAAAGCCUUUAGAAAUGAUCAUCCAAUAGAGGAUUUUUUGGAGCUCUCCAAUCAGUUUGUGAAUUACUGCAAUGGGCUUCCAUUAGCUCUUGAUGUUUUUGGUUCCUUUUUGUUUGGUAAAUCUCUAAGUGAGUGGAGAAGUGCACUGGAUAGAUUGAAAGAAAUUCCAAAUCAAGAAAUUUUGGAUAAGCUUAAUAUAAGUUUUGAUGGAUUGGAGGAAAUGGAGAAGAAACUAUUCCUUGAUAUUGCUUGUUUUUUCAAUGGAGAGGAUAGAGAUUAUGUGUAUGAAGUAUUGGAUAGUUGCGGCUUGUAUCCGGACUUUGGCAUAAGUGUUCUGGUUAGUAAAUCUCUCAUAACCAUUUCAAAAGAGAGAAUAUGGAUGCAUGAUUUACUUCAAGAAUUGGGUCGAGAUAUUGUUCGGCGAGAAUCACAGGAAGAACCAGGAAAAAGAAGUAGAUUAUGGCUUUAUAAGGAUAUACGUCAUGUUCUAUCAAAUGAUACGGUAAAUGACUUACUCUUGUUGAUCUUCAAUCUAUUUAAGGCUCCUAAUUACUAUUCCUUCAUAUGCUCUAUCAUGAUGUUCAAUUUUCAGGGAACAGAACAAAUUGAAGCCAUAGUUCUUGAUUCAUGUGAACAAGAAGAUGAACAAUUGAGUGCUAAAGGCUUCAUGGGGAUGAAAAGGCUAAGGCUGCUCAAACUUCGAAAUUUGCAUCUAUCACAGGGCCUUGAGUAUCUUUCAAAUAAGUUAAGAUAUCUGGAAUGGGAUAGAUAUCCUUUCAAAUUUUUGCCUUCCAGUUUCCAGCCAGAUGAACUUACUGAGCUUCAUAUGCGCUGUAGUAUCAUGGAAAGAUUGUGGAAAGGAAUCAAACCUCUAAAGAUGCUGAAGGUCAUUGAUCUUAGUUACUCAGUCAAUUUACUCAAGACCAUGGACUUCAAGGAUGUCCCGAAUCUUGAAAGCUUGAAUCUUGAAGGUUGCACAAGACUUUUUGAGGUUCAUCAAUCCCUUGGAAUUCUGAAUAGGCUGGUUUCAUUGAACUUGAAGGACUGCAGAAGCCUUGUAAGGCUUCCAGAUAGCAUAUGUGAUCUUAAGUCCCUUAAGUUUCUUAAUUUGCAAGGCUGCUCAAAACUUGAGAAAUUGCCAGAAAGGUUGGGUGAUAUUACAAAUCUGGAGAAGCUCAAUGUAGGUGGAAUUGCUACAAGUCAACUUCCAUUAGCUAAGCUGUGGGAUUUUCUUCUCCCUUCACGGUUUUUGCCAUGGAAGAAUCAAAAUCCAUUGGCUGUGACAUUGCCUUCUCUAUCAGUCUUACGAUCCUUGAAGUCAUUGGAUUUAAGUUACUGCAAUCUAAUGGAAGGAGCACUUCCCAAUGAUCUAAGCUGCUUCCCAAUGUUGAAAACAUUCAAUCUGAGUGGUAAUGAUUUUUUUAGCAUUCCUUCAAGCAUUAGCAGACUUACUAAACUUGAAGAUUUUCGAUUUGCUGAUUGCAAGAGGCUUCAGGCAUUUCCAAAUCUUCCAUCAAGUAUUUUAUAUCUCAGUAUGGAUGGUUGCACAGUGUUGCAAAGUUUGCUACCAAGAAACAUCAGCAGACAAUUUAAACUUGAAAAUCUCCACGUUGAGGACUGCAAGAGGCUACAGCUAUCGCCGAAUCUUUCAUCAAGUAUUUUACAUCUAAGUGUGGAUGGUUUAACUUCACAAGAAACUCAGACAUCAAAUUCUUCAUCAUUGACAUUUGUUAAUUGCUUGAAGUUGAUUGAGGUUCAAAGUGAAGACACUAGUGCAUUUAGAAGGCUGACAAGUUAUCUGCACUACCUUCUAAGGCACAGCUCUCAGGGACUCUUUAAUCCAAGCUCUCAGAUCUCCAUUUGUUUAGCUGGAAAUGAAAUUCCUGGUUGGUUCAACUAUCAGUCAGUAGGAUCUUCAUUAAAACUGCAGUUGCCUCCAUUUUGGUGGACUAACAAGUGGAUGGGAUUUGCAAUUAGUAUAGUCUUUGAAUCUCAAGAGUCUCAAACAGAUACAAGUGCAAUCCUUUGCGAUUUGCACGCAUGCAUUGCAGAGGAUCAGGAUUUGUUUCUAGGUAGCUCUAUAGUGCACAUCUCUAAGGAUUCGAGCAACAUUACAUCCGAUCAACUUUGGUUCAACUACAUGCCACGUAGCUCUCUAACUUGUUUAGAUAUGUGGGAAGCAUGUAAUCACCUUAAGGUGACAUUUUCUUCUGAUCGAUUGAGGGUGAAGCACUGUGGGUUCCGUGCAAUAUUUAGUCGGGAUAUCGAUGAAUUAAUUUUGUGCAGCAGGCCUUUUCAGAAUUUGGGUCUCCCCAAUAUUGUUAAUGUUGAUAGAGGCAAGAGAAACCAUGACGAUUUUUGUUUUGGAAGUGGAGUGGAACCUGGUGAAAGUCGCAACCUGGUAAAUAAAUUGUCUUACAAGAGAAUGAGAAUGACCAGAGAUCCUGAGAGCUUCCUGAAAAGGGCUGAUGCUAUUGGCUCUGGAACACAUAGCUAUGUUGCAUUCAAGACAGAAUUCAUUGUCUUGUUGGUAUUGUUGAUGGCUUUGGUUAAUAGUAUAAAGGGUCAUAAAGAGGCUAUAGCAAUAAUGGUGCUGAAUUCUGAAUAUACAACAUUAAUUCCUUUUGCUAGGUUUUUUUUCUGUCUCAUUAAUACUUUCUUCUUCUUAGUAUUACUUGUAUAUUAUUAUUCUCUUCCUACAAUGUCUGCUAUUGCUCUUCCAUGGAAAAAUGACGUCUUCCUCAGCUUUCAAGGGGAAGAUACUGGCAAGAAUUUCACUAGCCAUCUUUAUGCUGCCUUGUGUCAGAAAGGAGUGAUUACUUUCAAGGAUGAUCAGGAACUUGAGAGUAGAGGAACCCUUUCUGAUCAAGAAAUCUUUAAGGCAAUACAAGAUUCAAGCAUUUCAAUAGUCAUUUUCUCAAGAAACUCUGCUUCUUCAACAAGGUGCUUGGAUGAGCUUGUGGAGAUUUUUGAAUGCAUGAAAACUAAAGGACAAAAUGUCUUGCCAGUUUUUUACAGUGUGGACCCAGCUGAGGUGAGAAAACAGACAGGGAGAUUUGGAGAGUCAUUUGCCAAGUAUGAAAAACUCUUCAAAAAUAACAUUGGCAAGGUGCAGCAGUGGAGAGCUGCUGCAACAGGAAUGGCCAAUCUCAGUGGAUGGGAUACACAGAACAGGCAUGAGUCGGAGCUUAUUGAAGAAAUUGUUGAAGAGGUACUGAAGAAAUUGAGAAAAUCAAGUCAUAGAUUCUCAAGCGCAUCAAAAAAUUUUGUAGGAAUGAAUUCACGACUGAAUGAAAUGAUGAAAUAUUUAGGCAAAAGAGAGUCAGAUGAUGUUCGGUUCGUGGGAAUUUGUGGGAUGGGCGGUAUAGGGAAAACAACCAUUGCUAGAGCCGUCUAUGCAGAGCUGUCUAGUGAAUUUGAAGGAAGUUGCUUUCUUGCAAAUGUUAGAGAAGUAGAGGAGAAAAACAGUUUAUCUUUACAAGAACAACUUCUUUCUGAAACCCUUAUGGAAAGAAAGAUAACGGUUUGGGAUAUUCAUGCUGGAAGGAAUGAGAUUAAAAAUAGGUUAAGUCAUAAAAAGGUUCUAAUCAUUCUUGAUGAUGUAAAUCAUUUGGAGCAGUUAAAAUCAUUAGCUGGGAUGAGUGACUGGUUUGGCAAUGGAAGUAGGAUAAUCAUAACAACUAGAGAUGAACACUUAUUGUUAUGUCAUGGAGUAGAAAGAAUUUACAGGGUUGGAGGAUUAAAUCAUGAUGAAGCCCUUCGUCUCUUUAGUUUGAAAGCCUUUAAGAAUGAUUAUCCUGCGGAUGAUUAUGUGGAGCUAUCUAAUCACUUUGUGAAUUAUGCUAAUGGUCUUCCAUUAGCUCUUGAUGUUCUUGGCUCAUGUUUAUACGGAAGAUCUAUAAAUGAGUGGCAAAGUGCAUUAGAUAGACUGAAGGAAAUUCCAAACAAAAGAAUCUUGGAUAAGCUUUAUAUAAGUUUUGAAGGAUUACAGGAAAUAGAGAAGAAAGUGUUCUUAGACAUUGCUUGUUUCUUCAAAGGGGAGGAUAAACAUUAUGUGGUCAAAGUACUAGAAAGUUGUGGAUUCUAUGCAGAAAUCGGAAUAAGAGUUCUCCUCAGUAAAUCUCUUAUAACAAUCACAAACGAUAGAAUAUGGAUGCAUGAUUUACUUCAAGAAAUGGGUCGAGAUAUUGUCCGGAGAUCAUGCUAUGAAGAACCUGGAAGGAGAAGUAGAUUGUGGCUUUACAAGGAUGUCAGUCAUGUCCUAUCAAAUGAUACGGGAACAGAACAGGUUGAAGGCAUUGUGCUAGAUUCCUGUGAACAAGAAGAUAAACAUUUGAGUGCCAAAGCUUUCAUGAAGAUGAGGAAACUCAGACUGCUCAAACUACGAAAUGUACGCCUUUCCGGCAGCCUGGAGUAUCUUUCGAACAAGUUGAGAUAUCUUGAAUGGGAGGAAUAUCCUUUCAGAUCUCUUCCAUCCACAUUCCAGCCAGAUAAACUUGUGGAGCUUCAUUUGCCAUCCAGCAACAUCCAACAAUUAUGGAAGGGAAUGAAACCUUUAAAGAUGCUGAAGGUGAUUGAUCUGAGUUACUCUGUUAACUUAAUCAAGACCAUGGACUUCAGAGAUGUCCCAAAUCUUGAAAAGCUGAAUCUUGAAGGUUGCACAAGACUGUUUGAGGUACACCAGUCAAUUGGAGUUCUGAAAAGGCUCGUCUUAUUGAAUUUGAAGAACUGCAAAGGUCUUGUCAGGAUUCCAAGCAGCAUAUGUGAUUUGAUGUCCCUUCAGACUCUUAAUUUGCACGGCUGCUCAAAACUUGAAGACUUCCCUCAGGGAUUAUGGGAUAUGAAAUGUUUGGAGAAGCUAGAUAUUGGUGGAAUUGCUGGAAAACAACUUGCAUCGACCAAAGCAUGGGAUUUUCUUCUUCCUUCAUGGUUGUUGCCAAGGAAGACACUAAAUCUGAUGGAUUUUCUGCCUUCUAUUUCAGUCCUGUGCACUCUGAGAUCGUUAAACUUGAGCUACUGCAAUCUUGCAGAAGGUACACUUCCCAAUGAUCUGAGCUGCUUCCCAUCCUUACAGUCAUUAAAUCUAAGCGGAAAUGACUUUGUCAGUGUACCUACAAGCAUUAGCAAGCUUUCUAAACUUGAAGAUCUUCGAUUUGCCCAUUGCAAGAAGCUGCAGUCAUUGCCGAAUCUUCCAUCCGGUAUUCUAUACCUUAGUACAGAUGGUUGCUCUUCCUUGGGAACUUCACUCCCUAAGAUCAUAACCAAACAUUGUCAACUGGAAAAUCUUUGCUUUGCAAAUUGUGAGAGGCUUCAGUCAUUGCCUGAUCUUUCAUCGUCUAUAGUAAAUAUAAGCAUGGAGGGUUUAACUGCACAAGAAAAUUUCUCAAAUCCAUUGGAAAAGGAUGAUCCUAAAGCUUCAGCAUUGACCUUCUUAAAUCGCAUGCAAUUGGUUGAGAUUCAAGGCAAAAACUGUUCAGCAUUCGCAAGGCUUACAAGUUACUUGCAUUAUCUGCUUAGGCACAGCUCUCAGGGACUGUUUAAUCCAAGCUCUCAUGUAUCAAUGUGUUUAGGUGGAAGUGAAAUACCUGAGUGGUUCAACUAUCAAGGAAUAGGUUCUUCAAUAGAAUUGCAGCUGCCUCAACAUUGGUUCACUGACAGGUGGAUGGGAUUUGCAAUUUGUGUUGAUUUUGAAGUCCAUGAUGAGCUUCCAUUGUCAGAAACUUGUACUCUUUUCUGUGAUCUACAUGCAUGGGUCAUGCCAGAUCAACUUCUUUUUCUCGGUCGCCCUUCUAUGCAAAUUUCUGGUACCAUGAACAUCAAGUCGGAGCAACUUUGGUUCAAUUUCAUGCCGCGUAGCUCUUUGAAUUGUGUAGAUUGGUGGGAAUCAUGUGGAAACCUGAAGGCAUCAUUUUUCUCAAAUGGAUUGAAGGUGAAGUCUUGUGGAUUUCGUAUAAUAUAUGAUCAUGAUAUUGGUAGACUAAUCCAAUGCCAUCAACGUUUUGAGGAUUUGGGUCUUCCCCCUCAGAAUAAUUCUAAUAAUUGCAAGAGAAGCCAUGAUGACAGCAGAGGGCAACCCAACAGUAACAGAAGUGACAAAUGUGGUAAUGAGCUCCAUUCAAAGAGACUGAAAAUGACAGUGGAUCAAAUGCUUUAAACAUAGUGCAUGGAGAGGGGCCACUAAGAAUCAAGAGUUGAUGUUGUUUCUUGCUCAAUUCUUACUAAGCAGUUAGUGUAAAAAUGACAUUUUUGUCCACUUGAUUCAUUCUUCAGCUCUGAAAUAAAAUUGGUCUCUGGUCCUUUUCAUGGACUUUUGAAAAA